AUGGCGCUGCUGAGCAUUAAGCCUAAACAAAACUUCAUUAUUGACCUCAAUUCAUCCAAGUAUUAUGAAGCUAUCCAAACUAUGAUCGAGUUUCUUCUUUAUUCUCCGAUGGCUCCUACACUAACAAUGGCACAACAUGAUCCCUUGGUUCUUUUGUCGGAAGGGUUUUCGACCGCACGACAUCAACAAAGUGAAGCUCUAAUUUCCUUUGAGGUGGACUCCAUCAAAACCACAAUUUCCAAAGCACGAUUUAGCUUCCUUCUAGUAUUUUCUCAAUUAAGGGAUUUGGUUGAUAUUGAGUCAAUCUAUUCUUCUGAUCUUCUAGAGAUGUUCUUCCAGAUGGGAUGCCUGGACAACCUAACCAUUCUUUCCAAGUUCAAGAAGCCCAACCUUCUUCUGAUGUGGAAUGGUCUGUUUACUCUUCUGUUUAAAAGCUUCUCAAAGUUAGUUACCAGCUCAGAAAGUGCAAGUAAUAUUUUCUGA